AUGGUCAACCUCGUUGAAGCCUUCGAGGCCAUCAUGACGCCCUCGCUCGCCACAAUCAUUAUCGGCGCACUUAUCAUCUUGGGUGCUCCUAUCAUUCUUCACCUCGUCCUCGCCUCGUCAAGGACAUACACCGUCCCGCCCAGCGUUCUCCUCAUCGGCCCUGCCAACGCUGGCAAAACCGCACUCCUCACGCUUUUUGAGCGCGGCGCUUCUGGUACCGAGACGCACACCUCCCAGGUUUCGCACGAUGUUGAGCUUAAUGCGUCCACCGACUCGGAUACCAAACAUUCUUACCGGAACCACGAUGCCACCGAUGGCACCUACACGAAGUUCUUGCUCGUUGAUACCCCAGGACAUGGCAAGCUGCGAAAUGUGCCCAUGGGAAAGCUGAGCAAUACCGAGAAGCUCAAGGCAGUUGUCUUCGUCGUCGAUGCUGCUGCUAUUGGAGAGCCGGAAGCCCUCGCCCCUACCGCUGCGUACCUUUACGAUGUGCUGCUCCUGCUGCAGAAGCGAGCCACCAACACAAAGACCAAGACCUCGAUCCCUAUCCUCAUCGCCGCUAACAAGAUGGAUCUCUUUACUGCGCUGCCGUCAACGCUUGUUAAGUCCAACUUGGAGGCCGAAUUGUCGAGGAUCCGUGCUUCGCGAAGCAAGGGACUCCUGGACUCGGGUGUUGGAUCUGACGAUAUUGGGUCUGAGGAGCAAGAUUCCUGGCUGGGCGAGUAUGGUUCUUCCAAGUUUAGCUUCAGCCAGCUUCAGGAGUUUGACAUUGAUGUUGAUGUUCUCCCUGGAAACGUCACUGGCGAUGGUCCUGGCGCCGACAAGUGGUGGUGGUGGAUUGCUCAGAGGAUAUAA